AUGAAGCGGCAGAACGUGCGGACGCUGGCGCUGAUCGUCUGCACCUUCACCUACCUGCUGGUGGGCGCCGCCGUCUUCGACGCGCUCGAGUCCGAGGCGGAGACGGCGGAGAGGCGGCGGCUGGAGGCCAAGAGCGACGAGCUCAAGAGAAAGUACAACCUGAGCGCCGAGAGCUACGGCGAGCUCGAGCGGGUCGUGCUCAAGCUCAAGCCGCACAACGCCGGCGUCCAGUGGAAAUUCGCCGGCUCCUUCUACUUCGCCAUCACCGUCAUCACCACCAUAGGCUACGGGCACGCGGCGCCCAGCACGGACGGCGGGAAGGUUUUCUGCAUGCUCUACGCGCUGCUGGGCAUCCCGCUGACCCUGGUGAUGUUCCAGAGCCUGGGCGAGCGCAUCAACACCCUGGUGCGCUCGCUGCUGCGCCGCCUCAAGAGGCGCCUGGGCAUGCGGCGGCCGGAGGUGUCCAUGGCCAACAUGGUGACCAUCGGCUUCUUCUCGUGCGUCAGCACGCUCUGCAUCGGCGCCGCUGCCUUCUCGCACUACGAGAACUGGAGCUUCUUCCAGGCCUACUACUACUGCUUCAUCACCCUCACCACCAUCGGCUUCGGCGACUACGUGGCGCUGCAGAAGGACCACGCGCUGCAGACGCAGCCGCAGUACGUGGCCUUCAGCUUCGUCUACAUCCUCACGGGGCUGACGGUCAUCGGCGCCUUCCUCAACCUGGUGGUGCUGCGCUUCAUGACCAUGAACGCCGAGGACGAGCGCCGCGACGCCGAGCAGCGGGCGCUGCUCAGCCGGGCCGCUCGCCCCGGAGCCGUGGCCGCCGUCCCCGAGGCCUCCGCGGUGGCCCCGGCCGAGAGCGGCUUCAGGAACGUCUACGCCGAGGUGCUGCACUUCCAGUCGGUGUGCUCGUGCCUGUGGUACAAGAGCCGCGAGAAGCUGCAGUAUUCCAUCCCCAUGAUCAUUCCCAGGGAUUUGUCCAGCUCGGACACGGGCGUGGAGCGCAGCCACUCCUCGCCCGCCCGCUGCCCCGAGACUCCGGAGCACCGGUGCUUCUGCCGCUCCCGGCGCUCCGCCAUCAGCUCCGUGUCCACCGGGCUGCAGAGCCUGGCGGCGUUCCCGGGAUUCGCCAAGAGACGCAGCUCCGUGUAGCCCCCAUCGCACCCUCCCAUCCCAGACCCCUCCUGGAGCGGGAGGAAGCCGCUCUGGACUCGGCAGCGACGCCGGAGCGGGGCCGUGACGGUUGGCUCCGGAAUGGAUUUUAAUUUAAAACCUCUUGGAUUUGGAUUUUAAUUUAAAACCUCUUGGAUUUUAAUUUCAC